AUGUUGGCUAUUCAAGAUAUUGAAAAUUUAUUUAAAAAUACUUUAACAAAUGAAACAUUAUCUGGUAUAUAUUUACCAUUAAAUAAUAAUCCAAGUUUUCUUGAAUAUGAUAAAGUAAUAUCAACAAUGAUAAUAAAAAAUGAUGAAAAUAAUAAAAAUUUACCUGUAGCAUUUGGUGCAGUUCAAAAAAUAACAAAUUAUCAGUACUACACAAUGAUAAAUAUUGUUGAUGAGGAAUAUUUAAAUAAAAAUGUCUCAGUUAGUCAAAAUAAAACGUUUUUUAAAAGCUUGAAUUAUAAAAACUUAUCUAUUUUAUCAAUUAAUAAUACUAAUUCAUUAUCAACAUAUUUAAAUAAUAAUACCAAUACCAUCGUAGAUUCAUCUUUCUCCACCUAUAUUAUACCUUUUUAUACUGUAUUUGGUGAUAAAGAAAUAAAACCAUUACUAGAAAUAUUAUUUGAAGAGGCAAUUAAAAAAUUUAAUAUUUGUAAAAAUUUUUAUGUUGAAAAAAAUAUGACAAUUGAUAUUAUUUAUGAAGAUAAUAUAAUAAAAACGGAACAAAAAGAAAGUGUAUUGAGAAAUUUUGUUGGGUUUAAUGUUAUUGAUAAAUUGUACCUUCAAAAAUGUGCACAUAGUUUAGAAAGUUUAAAAGAAGUUAUUGAAGAUUGUUAUGAAUAUUACAUUGAUGACGAAUGUAUUGAAAUUGAUAAAAAUAAUUUAAAAAUGAUAACUGAGUAUGAUAAUUUUGUUAUUGGAAUGAAAAGAGAUGAUUAUUUAGAACAUCUUUAUAAAUUUGGUAAUAUUGAGGGAUUUAUUCAAUUAAAUAAUAAAGGAAGUAUUAUUGGAUAUAUUUUAAAAAUGAAUAAUCAUAUUAUAGGAUGUUAUGGUGAUAAUGAACAUAUUCAAAUAAAUCUUAUAAAAAAUAUUCUUCCAAAAUUUGAUGAAUCAACAGAUAUAACAUUUUUUCUAAAUUGUCAUGAAAAUUUUUUUACAACAAAAAUUCUUAAAAAUGCUUUAGAAUUAAGAGAAGUACGACGUCUACAUACAUUAUCAUUAAUAACAAAAAUAAAUUGGGAAAGAAUAGGAAUUAUUGGAAUUGGUUGUCAUAUAUUUUAA